CAGCAGCUUCUGUAGGCGGACUAACACUUGCGGCGGAAGGACAUGUGUACAGCUGGCCUGCGCGGAGGGAUAGAGUAUAAAGCAGGAGCGCGGUGGUGGGUCUCAGUAUUGUUUGAGACAUCAGCUGGGUGAUGAGACAGACCUGUCCCUGCGUCUCGACUCUGUCUCUCAGCAGCUCUCCGUGGAGGACACAGUGUUCACGGUGAGGAAGCACCCGAGGGGACGGUGUCUUCGGGAGGACAGACAUGUGUCCCAUGGACUCGGACGUCCCGUUGGAGAAGACACAGGAUGAGGACUAACGCCUCCAGACGAGUGUUGACAGUCGUGCUGCGUCCUUGUCAUUGAUGCUAACACGCUAGCUCGCUGCUGCUGCUGCUGCUUCGACAUCCCGCUGUAACGCGUGAAUUCCGGAUCGAAGGCGGACGGAGCGGUUCGGUGUGAGCCCGCCUGCUAACGUCACCGACACCGUUAGCAUGUUCGCAGAGACCCGCUGACUGGACAUGGGCCGCGACGCUGGCUGCAGCCACAGGGUAACAUCACAGUCGGGCUAGCUCGGUGUCCGCUUCGCCGUUGGCACGGUCACAUGUCCGGCGGGCUUGGCAUCAUGUAGACUGUCCCCGUGGACAGCUCCGGUGACUGGUGACACUCAGUGUUAGCGAGCGAAGCCGCACGGCAGCUCUCCCACUGGGUCAAACACUGACAGCUGGCGCGGGUGAAGCUAAGCUCCGAAUGGUCGCUGGUCAUGCCCAAAGCCGUCUGGUCCGCGUGACAAUACAAACAUCCCGACCCACUCGCAGGGCAAGUGAAUGCACCAUGUCCUGACUGCGUCUCUUAUUCAUGCAACGAUCCGCAUCAGAGCUACUUGACAUGAAAUAACUCGCUGUGCACGAAGCAGCAUCGCCAGCACCGAGUGCAUCAUCCGCUCCGGGACUGUUCUGUGAAGAGGAGGGCCGACACUCGAGGCGUCAGCUGGACCGUUCGACCCACUCACAAUGGAGACGGUGGGAGAUUUCGAGUACAGCAGAAAAGACCUGGUCGGUCACGGAGCGUUUGCUGUGGUGUUCAGAGGAAGACACAGGAAGAAGACCGAUUGGGAGGUGGCUAUUAAGUGCAUUAAUAAGAAGAACCUGUCCAAGUCCCAGAUCCUUCUCGGCAAGGAAAUCAAAAUCCUGAAGGAGCUGCAGCAUGAAAACAUUGUGGCACUUUACGAUGUCCAGGAAACGCCCAACUCUGUUUUUCUGGUCAUGGAGUACUGUAAUGGAGGUGAUCUUGCUGACUAUCUGCAAGCUAAGGGCACCCUGAGAGAAGAAACACUGAGGGUUUUCCUGCAGCAGAUUGCUGCUGCCAUGCGCAUCCUCAACAACAAAGGAAUCAUCCACCGUGACCUGAAACCUCAGAACAUCCUGCUGUCGUACAUCGGCCGCAAGAAGUCUACCAUCAGCGGCAUUCGCAUCAAAAUAGCUGACUUUGGCUUUGCACGGUACCUCCAGAGCAACAUGAUGGCUGCCACGCUAUGUGGCUCACCCAUGUACAUGGCCCCAGAGGUAAUCAUGUCCCAGAACUAUGACGCCAAGGCCGACCUCUGGAGCAUAGGGACAGUCAUCUACCAGUGUCUGGUUGGCAAGCCACCAUUCCAGGCCAAUAGUCCCCAAGACCUGAGGAUGUUCUACGAGAAGAACAAGAGUCUACAACCUAUCAUCCCGAGAGAGACUUCCCCACAGCUUGGCGAUCUUCUUCUAGGGUUACUGCAGAGGAAUCAGAAAGAAAGGAUGGACUUCGACACAUUUUUCAGCCAUCCUUUCUUGGAGCCAUCACCCGCUAUUAAAAAAUCAUGUCCGGUGCCGGUCCCCAGCGCCACCAACACCGUGACGGAUUGUUCCUGUGGCAGCUCUCCAUGCAUUCGUUACAACUCUCCUCCUUCUCUGCCAGACAUGCAGACUCUUGCAGAAGAUGGACUUUCUUCCCCUCCGCUCGGUCCUCCCAACUUCCUGCAGCUGUCCAAAGAGUCUGCAGGAAGUACCAGCAGCAAGAACUCGUCCUGUGACACUGACGACUUUGUCUUAGUGCCUCACAUCUCUAAUGACAGCUAUGACCAACCAAUGGGAGCUGGUCGUCGGCCGUCCAGCGAGUUCCUCAUGUGUGGAGGGCAGCCGCAGCCCACCCCAGGACAAACUCCCAUGGUGUCCCCACGGGCCGAGACCACCCCCAUCCCUGUUCCCACCCAGGUCCGCAACUACCAACGGAUCAAGCAAAACCUCUCCAGCAGCCCUACCACCACGCUCUACGGCUCCCCCAGGUCUGGCACAGUGAGGCGCUCCAACACUAGUCCAAUGGGGUUUCCCAAAGUGGGCUCAGGGUCCCCCAGUUCUGCAGAUGUCCCUCAGACAGUGGGCCGACGCCUCUCUAUCGGCAGCUCCCGGCCAUAUUCGCCCUCGCCUCUUGUGGGCACCAUCCCAGAGCAGCUGGGUCAAUGCUGCUGUCAUCUGCAGAACCUUGAGCCUCGCAGCCGGAGCUCCUCAGGAGGUUCCCCUGUCCCGUCCUCCCAGCUCCUCGGGGCUCGGCUCCAGAGCGCCCCCACGUUAACUGAUGUCUACCAAACCAGGCAGAAGCUCCACAAGCAGCUGUCAGACCCCGUUCAGCCUUCCUCCUCCUGCAGUCACUCACCUCAGCUCGGCAGACCGGCAAACCUUGGCUCCUCACCGACCAAGCUGCUGGGCUCCUCGCCCCGCACGUCCGACUGGCUGCAGAAGUCCCCGCUGCCCACCAUUAUUGGUUCUCCUACCAAGAUCAUUUUGGCACCGUUUAAAAUUCCCAAAACGCAGGCGUCCUGUAACCUGAUGGCGCUGGCAGACAGCCCUGUGCCCACAAAGACCGUAGCAGAUGCCCGGGAUAUCUGUGCCCACCACUGCAGCCCGUACGUCACCGGCCGGCCAGCUGCCCCUGAGGCCAGUAGGACCUUUGGCAGGUCUGUUAGCACAGGUCGUCUGUCUGAGCAGCCAAUCAGAAUCAAUCUGGGCGGACAAGCCUAUCAGGGCAGCACUGACAGCUUGAACACAGAGCGACCAAUGGACACAGCCCCUGCAGGUCCCAUUGGUCUCGCUCAGGGUGGGUCAGCGAGUCCCCGUACUGUUCUCUUCACUGUGGGUUCACCACCUAACAGCAGCACUCCUCCAGCUUGCAGCCAUCUGUGCACCCGACCACGUACCACCUCUGUGGGAUCCAACAGUUCAGCUGGUUCCCUCUGCUCCACAAGCGGUCGGAUCUAUGUCGGUUCUCCCCCAGGCAUGACCAUAGGCACCUCUCCUCCAGGAGGCUUUGGGGGUGGGCAGGCUGUCCCUGGGGCAGAUGGGGCCCCGAGCAGUCUGCGCUAUGUCCCCUAUGGGACCUCCCCUCCGAGCUUGGAAGGAUUCAUCACCUUCGAAGCACCUGAGCUGCCUGAGGAGACUCUAAUGGAGCGUGAGCAUACAGACACACUGAUGCACCUGCGGAUGAUGCUUUCUUUCACUGACUGCGUGCUGGAGAUGGCGGCAGUUCGUGCCGGUGGGACGGAGCUUGGAGUGUCAGCUGCGUCCCUCUACCCUCCCCAGGACAGUGUGGUUGUGGACCAGAUCAGCCAGCUCAGCAAAGAGUGGGGGCAGGUGGAGCAGCUGGUUCUCUACAUGAAGGCUGCUCAGCUGCUGGCCUCCUCCCUCCAUCUGGCCAAGGCUCAGAUUAAAUCAGCCAAGCUCAAUCCUUCCACUGCUGUCAAACAAGUGGUGAAGAAUCUGAAUGAGCGUUACAAAAGCUGCAUCUCCCUCUGCCGGCAGCUGACUGACAAACUCAACCACUUCUUCUCUGACAAGCAGCGAUUUGUGGAUGAGAUCAACAGCGUCACUGCAGAGAAGCUCAUCUACAAUCACGCCGUGGAGAUAGUUCAGUCAGCAGCUCUUGACGAGAUGUUCAAGCAGACGGAGGAUAUAGCUUACCGCUACAGCAAGGCCGCCAUGCUGCUAGAUGGCCUGUCCAAGAUCUUACAGGACCCCACUGACAUUGAGAAUGUCGUCAAAUACAAGGCCAGUGUGGACCGCAGGAUCUCAGCCCUCUGCUACUGCACUGUCACACUCUAUGAGUAGCAGAGCUCACAUAAACACACACACACACACAUACACACACACACACAUGCACGCAAGCACGCACAGGGACCACGUCCUAAGACUAUUGAGAACCAUCCUCACAGAGCCGCUGUUCCCUCCUGUAGCAGGUCAAGCACUUUUUCAUUUGAUAGGUUUCAUCUGUAUUUAUCAUCGGUUCUUUUUAUCGGCUGCAUCACAGAACGAACUGUAACAAGUGACUGAUGCAGAAACUUACAACCAAAGAUGACCACGGAUCCAGAAACAAAAGGCUGAAACCAGAUGUGGACAUAAUUCAUGCACUUUGAUGCGCAUGUUCUUUUAUCGAGGAUUUUAAUUUGUGUUUUUUUUACCAGAAGAAAAGAGAGUGGACGCAAACGUUUUGAACUUGAACAGACUCAAGCUCCACAUGAAGCAGUUCAUCUUUUUUAAAUGCUACUUACUAUGUGAAAUCAGUGGUUAUCAACUCUGUUUAAGUUGUUAUUCUUAUUUAUUGGUUCAGAAGAACAUGGGUGUUUGAGUCUCCUGCCUGUCUUGAAAACCUAAAGUAUUCAAGUGGAAGGAAAUGGAGGAAAAGCAAAAGGCUUUGGGCCGUGCACUGUAACAGAUCCAACUCGGAAACAACACGGACAUUUACACAGAACACGAGAUCCUGUUACAGAAACACACAGCCACGAGAGCAAGCAGUUGGUGGAUUUUGGAUUUAUAAUUGCUUUGUUUUUAUUUUUCUCAUGUUUUGGGGUCAAGCACUUUAUAGUGGACUGAGAGUCGGAGAUGGAGGAGUCCUAUAGGUAGAAAUACGAAGGCAGGGGAUGGGUUUUCUAAUCACUCCUGCUUUCACACUCAAGACUGAAUUGCUCUGUGUUCGUGAGCGUCAAAUCCACUGCAUACAUUUCCCAUAAGGCAGAGCAUCCUGGGAAAACAGGGCAGGGAAACGGUGCUCUCUGGCAAAACAUGUAGGCCACACCUCAGCCUUUUGGGGCAGUGACUAUCAGAGAUUAACAAGAUGCUUGAUAGAACUACUUACCUGGACUUUAAAUACUCACAGUUAAAGGGGCAUUCCACUGAUUUCUCAAAUUAGAAUUCAUAACAGGGAGUAUUACAUGGUCUGAAAACAAUUGUGUAGUUUCCUCUGUAAUUCUGUCAGCAGCUCUGUCAUGUCAGACAAAAUAACCCAUGAUGAUGUCAUCACUGCUGAUACCUCUAUGAUGAUGUCACCAAGGUUGUCUUGAAUUGGCCUCGAAAAAACCCACUUAAUAACUGUGGUGUGGAAUUUCUCAGCUAAUAUAUUAUGGUAAAUAAAUGAGCUUGACCCAUCACAUGAGGGCUUAUAACUAUACUUUCAGCCCCUGCUGCUUUGAAUUUGUAUUUAAACUUUAUCUGGCAGUUCUCCGACUUUAUGGAAGUGUAAUAUACUAAAUUGGUGGAAUAUCCCUUUAAUUCUAGAUCCAUUAAGCGUGUCGAGCAUGUGAAGAAUGGUCUACAGUUUCGUCAUUAUAACACUUCUACCUUAUCUGCUAUUGAGAGGAUGAGAUUGUUCUUAAACAUGAAAUAAACAUCUUUUUUUAAAUAGUUUGAUAAAUGGACUAAAACCAAGCGGCUGGGAAGCUUUGAUCGGCUCGAAUCAGCUUCACGUUGCACUUUGAAUUCAGAACUGUCGCUCGUGACAGCAAGUAGAAACAACGGCUCGGCGUUUGUCACAUCCCUCGUUUCCCUUUUUUUCCACGGUGACUUGUUGAUCAUGUUGCUCACAGCGAGGAGGGGUUAAGGUGAAUUUGAUGACGGUUCACUCUGCUCACAUUGUCACAGGGUCUGUACGUUCAGGUAUUCAGCAAAAAGCCGCAAGCUGAGAACCACUGCAGUGGUAUCAGACUCUUCUCCUGUUCCAGUGCUAAACAGCAAGACAUGUUCACUGUAAACCCCCGAUCGAGUGAAUUGCGAAACUGAGCGGUCAUAUUACUUGACGAGUUACCUGAACAAUAAGUUUCAAUCUACUAAAAAAAAAAAAAAAUACUACAGCUUUUUUUUAUGUUUUCUCAGUAUCUGUAGCUACUUUUUAACAAAACUUGAUGUUUGCAAACUUGUAAAUAUUUGUAUGUUCAUGCGAUGAAUCCUUUCUCCUUUUUUGGGGAGUGGUGUGUGUGUGUGUGUGUGAUUGCGAGAUCAUAGUUUGAGUUUUGGGCCUGUCGGUGAUUAUGCCAUCAGACAGGCUGCCUGUCAGUCAAUGAGCACAAAUCUUUAUAUGUACAUAGAUGAAUUUGAUACAUUUUAUUCAUGUCUGCCAAGGGGUUUGAUAAAGAAACCUAUUGUGGCACAACAGGGGUGUGCCAACAAAUAAAACUAAAACUUAUGGCAGCUCUGAAACUUCCCAGAGAACUCUUUCUACCAGGACUGUUCAUUGUUGAGACCAACACACACACAUAUUUGUUCAGUGAAUCUUAUGAAAUUUUCUGAAAUAAGUGUGAUGUCUUCAGAUUUUGUGCUCAUUUCAUAAAAUUUUGUGAGACUUGAUUUGUCACAAUCUUCACUGCCUAGUAUCCACGUAGUCCCUCUGCCUCCCCUCAAGUCUACUGCUGUCCUCCCAACAGUGUAUGUACUGUAUGUAUCUAUGAGUGUGUGUGUAUAUAUAAACACACACAUGCCAGGUGUGCAUUAAGGCCAGUAGUAAACAGUAAAAGAUGGAAAAGGAGCUACCUUCUUCUUGUGAAAGCAGACAUAGGCCUACUCCUGUACAGCUGUUAAUACAUUGUUUUUCUAUGUAUGUCAAUCUGUGUGUAUUCAUCCAUUCACAGGCACCAGUGGACUCUGGGCCUGUUUCUCUGAUGUACUGUUUUUUUUUUUUUUUCUAGAAAUAUUUGGGUUUCGGUUUCCCUCAUCCACAUGAAGCCUGUCACUGCACACUGAGUGAGGAGGGAAACUGAUAUAUAGCUGAUGUAAACCCACCUGAAUCUUUUCUCUGUUCCAUUGUGUCCAUGAGCUGUCACUGAAGAUGGACUGUUUUAGAUAAAGCAUGGGUACCGACUGUACGUCACCCCCUAGAACCUCUAGAAUCUCGAAUGUAUGUUCCCUGUUGUUUUGCGCCUCUCCAGCUCGAUUUGAAUGCAUUUUGAAGAACCCCACUUUCAGUCACAACCCUGAAAAUGCAACAGCUUUCCAAGUGCAGAUUUUUUUUAAAGAGAAAUGUUAACGUUAUACUUGUGUCUCCCACCGAUGGGUGUCUCUCUUUGUUCUUUAUGGAACUCAAAUACAGUCUUUGUUAUUAAAGAGAGGAAAA